AUGAAUAAACAAAUAGAAGAAAAUAAAAAUGAUAUUAAUGAAUUAAAGAAGUUAUUACCGUUUUGUGAAACAGAAGAUGUAGUUGAAAUAUUAAAAUUAACUAAGUAUAAUAAAGAUAGAUUUGAAUUACAUGCUCUUAUUAGAGAAGAGUUUAGUCAUUCUGGAUUAGUUAUUAGACUUUUGGAUGAUUUUAGUGAUUCAAACAACAAAAUUUCACUAAUAGAGCUUUCUAAAUUAACAAGUAAAAUUGAUGAUGAGCAGUUUAUUAAAUCGAUAAAAAAUUUAUCAAAAAAUGAUUUAAGAUUUUUAAUUAAAAAACUUAAAUUUAAUAAGUCUUUAAAUCUUUAUAAAAACUUAAUUUAUAGUGAAUUUGCAUCUGAUGAAUUUGUUAGAAUAAGAUUGUUUGAGUUUAAUUAUAACAAUCUUAUGGGUUGGUUAAGAACAAAUCAAUAUAUUUUUGAUUAUCAAAAUCAAGUUUAUAUAAUUUCUCUUAUAAAAAAGUUUAAAAAGAGAUUAAAUUUAAGUGAAUUUAAAGAGUUAUCAAAACAAAUGAUUAAAAGUAAUAACUGUUCUCGAAGACACUUUGGAUUGAUGAUUUAUUUUGAAGUUAGUGAUAUUAUUGAAGAUUUUAUUUUUAGGUUAACUGAAGAUAUUAACUCAGAAAUAAGAAACUUAGUGGUAUCAAAAAUAGAGUUAUUAGAUGAAUCUAAUGAAAAAUUAUUAGAAAAUCUUAAAUCAAUAGAUACAAGAAUAUCUGAAGGUGCUGCAAUGAAGAUAAUUAAUGUUUUAACCAAAGAGAACACUGAAAAAUUUAAAAGUGAACUUGAAAAGGAAAUAAAAAAUCAUCUCUUUGAAUAUCCUGGUUACAUGUAUUUUAUGAUAAAGUAUUCUUCAUCAAAUACUGAUAUGUAUCAAAUGUUAAGUGACUAUUUGUUAAGUGAAUUAGAUCUUCAAAAAUUCAAUCAACUCAAAUUAAAGAUCCAAAUUUAUUUAAUAGAAUAUUUGAUCAAAAAUUUCCAUAAUAAUGAAAAAGUUAAAUUUAUGAUUUAUAAAAUUUUUCUAGAAUGUAAUAAUUAUGGAUUAAUAAUUAAUUUAAGACAGAUAAUGAGAAAUAGAAUGAGUGUUGAUAUUGCAUAUGGAUUUGAGUACUUAAUUAAUAAUGUUAAAAGUAAUUCAAUUGUUUUUAGAAAAGGUGGAGGUAUAUCAUCGUAUUUCACUUUAACUGAUGAUUAUUUAACCGUUGUAAUUGAGUGUGUAAGAAAUUUAGUUGGUGAAUAUAACGAGUUAUUAGAAUAUCAUUUAUUAAAUAUUUUAGAAGCUUUAUUGGUAUCUAAAAGAAUAGUUGGGGUGGUUAAAUUUGUAUCAAAUAAAAAUUCUAAUGAUGGAAUUUUUAUCAAAAAGGAAGUUAAAAAUUAUUUAAAAGAAAUAAUAAUUGAUGACACUUGUCAAAUCAUUGAUAUUUUUACUUUAAUAGCAUUUAAAUCUCUUAAAUCAAAUUCGUUUUUAAUUAAAAAUUGUGGAUUGAGUAUCUUUACAUGUUUAUUAAAAAAUAAAAGAAGUACAUUCUAUUCAAAUGAGAUAAGAAGAUUUAUAUUUAAAGAAAGAGAAGAUUUAAAGUAUUACGUUUUAAUGAUUUAUGAUGAGAUUUUUAAUUUAAAUGAAUAUGAGAUUGAUUUUAUUAAAAAAGUAUCUUUAGAAAAGUCAAUAGAGGGAAUUAAAGCUAAAAAUAUUAUAUCAAGAGAAUCUAAUAAUUUUGAUGAUAAUAUUGAUAUAGAAUUAGUUAUUUUAAAAGAUAAUCCAUCAAUUAUUUAUAGUUGUUUAAUAGAAGUGUUAAAUUCUGAUUAUUUAAAAGAAAGAAAUACAGCAAUUGAUUAUUUUAAUAAAAAUUUAGCAGACGGUAAUUUAGUUAUUUUUGAAGAAGAAUGUCGUAUAAGAAUUAGUGAUUUAAUUAAAAAAUUGAAAAUUGAAAAAGAAGUUGUAAAAAAAUUGAUUAAAUUAAAAGAAAAUCAAAUGGUUUACAGUUAUUCAGAUUUUCAAUAUGAUGUUAAUUUAUUAAAUUAA